AUGGCGACGACGUUGGAUUUUGCAUCGCCUGGCCCGGUGACCAGGAGCUACCGGCUCGUGGUACAUCACUACGGGUUCAUGAAGGAGCAGUGCCGCAAUGGGCAGCCGAUCGAGUUUCCCCCUUUCAAGGCUGGGGAUUGCUCCAGGUGCAUCUACUACUACCCCAACGGCCGCUCCACCUCCAGCGCAGACUACAUUUCAAUCUUCAUCGCCGGCGCUGGCGGCAGAGCAGUCACCGACGAACCUGUCAAGGCACGAGUUAGUUUCACUUUGCUCGAUGGUGCUGGGGAACCCGUGCCUGGUCACUCCUGCUCAGGCGUAUGGGAGUACUCUAAACUAGACUGGUACGGCUGCGAUCUUUUCAUCCACAAGGAGUCUUUGGAGGCGUCGGAGUAUCUCGUCGACGACCGCCUCACUAUCGAGUGCGUCGUCUCCGUCGAAAGGGCGUACGACUUGCAGCAGCGUCUCUCGUUGGAUCCCGACGUCACGUUCCAAGUCGGCGGAGAGGCGUUCAGCGUCCACAGGUGUGUUCUUGCUGCCAAGUCGCCGGUGUUGGAGGCGGAGCUCGCAAGAGAGAGCACCUUGGCAGCAGGGGCUUGCUGCAUACACAUCGACGAUAUGCUGCCUCAGGUGUUCAAGAGCGUGCUACAUUUUGUGUACACAGAUUCGUUGCCGGAGAUGACGACGGGGCCAGAAGAAGAGUCGAUCAUGGCUGAGCAUUUGCUGGUAGCCGCGGACAGGUUCGACAUGCAGGAGCUCAAGCUGAUUUGCGAGGAGAUACUGAGCAGUGACAUCAAUGUGAAUACUGUCACGAAGACAUUGGGACUGGCUGUACAACACCACUGCCAUAUGCUUAGGGACGCCUGCAUUGAGUUUCUUGGAGAUCCUCCUGUACUCGAGGCGGUCAUGGCGACCGACCAUGACAUACUCGAGCUAGUGGCUAAAAAUUGCCCUAUGCUUUUGAAGGAGAUGUGGGCGUAUGAGGAUGACCCAAUGCAAGAUGAGUUGGCCAUGUGCUUUUGA